AUGCACGAAGUGCCGAUGGCCAUGGCCACCUCCAACCCCUACCCGCACAUGGACGCCAAGCUCACCAACUACCCGGAGGUGCGGUUGGCCUUCCACCACAUCGUGUGCGGCGGCACCGACCCCGAGGUGAAGAUGGGCAAGCCGGCGCCCGACAUCUUCCUCGUGGCGGCCAGCCGCUUUCCCGGCAAACCGCAGCCGGCCCAGGUUCUUGUAUUCGAAGACUCUGUGGCUGGCGUGAAGGGAGCCAUAGCUGCCGGAAUGCACGUGGUGGCCGUUCCGGACAGGACGGUUCCUCACGACACCCUGAGCGGCGCCACCAUCAUUUUGGACUCGCUCGCCCACUUCCACCCGGAGCUCUUUGGAUUCCCGCCGUUCUAG